AUGAACAAUUCUGGAGAAAAACGAAAAUUUAAGUUUACUAUUUUCGUGUUAAUUUACUUUUUAAGGAAGAUCGUUGGUACACAUGAGUUCCACUGGGAAGAGGUUGUGUUCAUCUGUUUUCGGAUAAGAAUGAGGAUUAUAUUGGCCAUCAUCUGCGCUUUACUAAUGUUCUGGACCAGGAAGUCUACAGCCCAGUCUGAAACUCAGAGCAAUGAUUACUUACAAGUCUAUGAUGAAGAGGAUUAUGGGGAAAAUCCACAGAAUGAAGUUUUCAGAAACAAAGGAAAAAAUCUUGAUUUAUAUGAUCGCUAUCGAAUAAGACGACAAUUUAGACCUCAAAGAUUUGGAAAGCGCCAUAUGGGCUUCACUCCUCAACGUUUUGGCAAGCGGACUCAUGAAAGAAUGAACUUAUGA